GCGCGCGCGUCCUCCGCACGCACGCAGACAGGCAGGCGUCUCCUUCCGCGCGCUCCGCACUCGCGCCCCUCGCCGAGCUGCCUGCCGUGCCAUGACGGGCGGCGCCUUGCGCCCGUCCUUCGAGGGAGUGUGUGAGGGGCGUGUGAGGCGGUGCCGGGGGGGAGCCAUGGCCAGGUUGCGGUAGGGACGCGCACGGGGGAGGCUCCGCCGACGAGCUCCGGCUUCAUAAAUGUUCUCUCGCUCACCUGUGACCACCAUGCUUUACUUCCAGCUGGUGAUCAUGGCGGGGACGGUCAUGCUGGCCUAUUACUUCGAGUACACGGACACGUUCGACGUGCACGUCCAGGGCUUCUUCUGCUACGACAGCUCGUACACGAAGCCGUACCUGGGACCCGAGGAGUCGAGCGCGGUCCCGCCAGCGCUGCUCUACACGCUCGUGGCCGGAAUACCCACUCUCGUGAUAAUUGUUACGGAGUGUGUCCUCUUCCUGCUUCAAUAUACAUCUAAAGAUUUAGACAGCCGGGAGAAGACCAUUGUAACCGGAGACUGUUGUUACCUCAACCCUCUUGUGCGAAGAACUUUCCGAUUUCUCGGUGUGUAUGCCUUUGGCCUCUUCACCACCGACAUCUUCGUGAAUGCGGGCCAGGUGGUGACGGGGAAUUUAGCUCCCCACUUCCUCACCGUGUGCAAGCCCAACUACACGGCGCUAGGCUGCCAGCAUGCUCUGCGCUUCAUCAGCCACCAGGAGGCCUGCACGGGUAACCAGGAGGACAUCCUUCGCGCCCGCAAGACCUUUCCAUCCAAGGAGGCUGCACUAAGCGUCUACGCUGCCCUGUAUCUCGCUAUGUACAUCACUUACACGGUGAAAGCCAAAGGAACCAGGUUAGCCAAACCUGUGCUGUCUCUGGGUCUAAUGUGCUUGGCUUUCCUCACGGGCCUCAACAGAGUGGCUGAGUAUCGCAACCACUGGUCUGACGUCAUUGCCGGCUUCGUCGUAGGAGUGGCCAUAGCCACGUUUCUGGUGGUGUGUGUGGUACACAACUUUAAAGGGAAGCUCCUGUUCAGCGAAAGCCCACCGCAAGACCAUGCAGACAGCGCUCCCAUGGCUAACCACCCCAGAGUGGAGAGCCCGCUGCAGAAAUACAUCGCUUCUCAGAAUCACAUCGCCUUCGCUGAGGUCACAUGACGCUGAAGCGGCCGUUUGCCAAGCGCAUUGGACAUCAUCCCUUUUCACAGUUCUGCCAUCAUAGUGCAAUGCAAGUUCCCAAAUUACUUCUCCCCCCCCCCCCAUCACUGUACCUUUCAGAAAAAUAACUCUAAAAGCAGCUCAGAUGAAGUCCUAAUGGAAAUCUACAGUACAUUAAAGAGGCUGGACAUCGUUCACACAAACAAGCCUCCUCAGUCCCCUUUUUUCCUUUCGGAAG